AUGUGGUCCGACUACCUGUCAGCGGGCUUCUUUAAAGCAUUCGAAGCCAGCAGUGGCAUUAAGGUCAACUUUACUGGCAUUGACUCCAACGAAGAAAUUAUAAACAAGAUGAAGGCCUCUAAAGGUCGCGGCAUCGACAUCUGUAGCCCGACUAAUAUGCGUUCACCGCAGUGGAAAAAUCUAGAACUAUUGCAGCCAUUUGACUAUAGCAAAAUCAGCACAAUUAAAAAUGCUAACCCGGCAAUGCUUCGGGUUGGUCAUGAUGAGUGGAAUUUUGGCGCUAAGGGUUCGCACUGGUUGCCCAUGAUUUGGGGAACAGAAGGUAUUGCCUGGCGUACCGACCAAUGGGCGCCACCGCGUGCUGGCGAUAUUCCUAGCUACGGUGAUAUCUGGCAGAGUGACGUCAAAGGUAAGACUAUGAUGCGGGUUCAUUCCGGCAUGCUGGGUGCGGGUCUCUAUCUCGAAACCAUCGGCAAGCUUGAACCGGGCGCAAUGAAAAAGGCUUACGACGGUGAGCCGGGUAUGCGCAAGACCUGGCAGGUGGUCACCGAUUUUUGUAUUGCCAACAAAAAGCAGGUCAAGCUGUUCUGGAACGACGCCGAUUCACAAAAGAACGGGUUGUUGAAUGACGGUGUUGUGGUCGGACAGACCUGGGAUGGCCCACCAAUAAGCAUGAUGAAUAAUGACGAUCCGGUGCAAUAUCGUGCGCCAGUCGAAGGCGCUCUGGCCUGGAUUGAUGGCAUGGCAUUGUCAAAACAGGCCGAGAAUCUGGAUGCUGUAUAUGAGUUCCUGACUUAUUGUUAUACGCCUGAAGUUGGCGGUCGCUCCAUCGAUGGUGGUAAAGACGAUAGCUGGGGUGGCAAAGGCCAUGGCUAUAACUCUGCUGUUCUGGGUGCUGACCAGUAUGCUAGCGAUGAUUAUGGCAAGACUUUCGGCAGCGUCUAUCCAUACAAAUCCCUGGCAAAUCUCUGGCCCUGGCCAAAAGAGCCGCAAUGGUAUGCCGACGUGCGUACCGAGUAUGUCAAUAAGUUUAACGCGGCAUAA